AACCGUUUACUCGCACGCGACUUCAAGCGCAUCACUAGUAAAUCGCUGGCAUCGACUUCAUUCAGUUCCCUAAUUGGUUUUACCGGUCGGCUUGCACUAAUUUUGGAGCGUUUUGUUCAGUUUAGCGUUGAAUUGUGCUUAUUGCUAGAAAUUUCAAAGAUAAGCUAGAAAAACAUCUCUUUUUAGUGCAGGAUGACUACUGUAUUCAUUGCUGGUGCUCCCCCGGUAGGUCCUGAAUCCACUACGCUGAUUUGCCCAUCAUGCAGGGCUCAGAUCAGGACACGAGUCGAGCACAACUCCACCACUAAAACCCAUAUCGUUGCUUUACUGCUUUUCAUAUUUUGCUGCUGGCCAUGCAUCUGUGUACCAUACUGUUGCAACUCGUGUAAAAAUGCUGACCACUACUGCCCGAACUGUAACGCCUUCAUCGGAAGUCAUCAGCACUAGAUGACGUUGACAUGGUGGGCGGGCAGAGAACUGCGAUUGGAAGGAUUACGAUUGAAGAUGCGCUUUUGCCAAAUUUAGGACUUAAGAUAUUUCCCAUUGAAUUUACUGAUACAACUGAUAAGUGCACAAAUGAUUCCAUUCGAAUGCAAUUGGUCCAAUAAGGGGAAUUAGUUAUCCCACGUACUAUUAAUAUAACAAGCAACGCUUCCAGCAUACGUACGAUAAAUGUACGGUUUUGAGAAUGUAACUUAUUAGUCAUAGAUCAUAUACUACACAGCCUUUGACGUUGGAUUAUCUUAUGUUAACGAGUAGCUGCUCAUGUAAAAUAUAAUAAAUACGGUUUAAUACAGAAAAAUCUCCAACACGA